UUAGAAGAAGCGAGAGGCUCAAGCGACACCGUUUUGGAUUAUAGAAACAGCGUCGAGAAAGGAGACAGCGGCGAAACCGCAGACGCUGCGUCUGUAUCGUCCGCGAACGCGUUUCACAGAUCAACGUCACCCGCGCCGGAGCAAAAGCUCACUCUCUUCGCUCUCCGCCUUGCGAUCCUCGAGAAAAUCGCCACUAACCUCGGAACCCUAGGUUUCAUCUGGGCCACGGUCGUUCUUCUCGGCGGAUUCGCGAUCACACUCGAAAAAUCAGAUUUCUGGUUCAUCACCAUCAUUCUCCUCAUCGAAGGCACUCGAAUCUUCAGCAGAAGCCACGAGCUCGAGUGGCAGCACCAAGCAACGUGGACUGUAUCCGGCGUCGGAAUCAGUAGCUUCCGCGUGCUCCGAUCAAGCUCAAUCUCACUUCUCAGAAAUCUAAAACGAAUCAGCGAUGGGGUCUUUAAGAAUGGACUGAGAGAAGCGACGACGAGAAUCGGAAUCGGACGACAAGAGACUUUUGAUCGUCGAACCACUCUGACAUGGAAGAACUCAGACGUUCCUCUUCUUCCUUAUGCGAGAUGGCUUUACAUCUCCAGCUAUGUGAGCCGGCUUCUCUAUUGGCUCCAGCUCUUGUCAGCGAUUUCUUGUGUGGCUCUGUCUUCUUACAAGCUCGUAAGGCACAACUACGGAGAUAUUCAAGACGGAGACUUGGACAAAAGGAACAGGCAAGCUGCUUUGAGCAUCUUUUACUCGCUUGCGCUUGCUGAAGCUUUGUUGUUUCUUGCUGAGAAAGCUUAUUGGGAGUGGGAGGUUAGUGUGUGUAACUUGCUUGAGAAUGUGACUAGAGAGUGUGGGUUUGGGGUUACUGGAAUGGUUUCGAUCAAGAGAUUCUUUUAUGAUGCAUACUCAAAGUCUGUCAAUGGGAGUAUCUUUGAUGGUGUGAAGAUGGAUAUGGUGAGCUUUGCUAUGGAGCUUGUGGGAUCUAACUGUUCUGAUGAACAGCUCAUUGGAGCGAGGAUUCUUAGGCAGUUUGUGGUUAAUGAGCGGUUCGCAGAGGAUACACUUGAGAAGAUUGGAAUCAACUUACCCGUCAUUGAAAGGUUGGUGGAGAUGCUGAACUGGAAAGAUAUGCAAGAAGAAGAGAUUAGGCGAUCAUCAGCAGAGAUACUAUCAAAACUCGCUGGCAAAAAACAGAACUCUCUCAGAGUUGCCGGAAUCUCUGGUUCGAUGGAAUCGAUUUCAUCACUGUUACAGAACACCAGAUCUUUAGGUGAAGCUCCUGAUGAGAUUGGAGAGAAGGACAUAUUCCACGACCAUCAUCUACAGUACGAUUUCUGGAGGUUCAACAAUUUGGGACUAUUGAUUCUAAAGAAAUUAUCCAGAGAUCAUGACAACUGUGGAAAAAUAGGUAACACAAGAGGGCUUCUCCCAAAGAUCAUUGACUUCACGCACACAGACGCAACACUUUUGAAAGAAGAGAAUGCAGAUAUGGUUCUGUCACGAGUCCAGACAGUGAAACGGUCCCUGCAGCUAGUGAAAAUGUUAGUAAGCACAAGUGGCAACACCGGGAAAUGUCUAAGGAGAGAGAUCUCAGAAAUCGUCUUCACAGUCAGCAACUUGAGAGACGUACUGCACCAUGGAGUGAGAUACCCAAAACUACAGAAGUUAGGGAUUGAGACCCUGAGCUUCCUCGCGCUUGAGACUGAUGCGCGGGAAAGGAUUGGUGUUACUGGAGGUGUCUUGAAAGAGUUGUUUAAUAUCUUCUUGCAAAGAAAAACACAUGUGGAUGAGAAUGAGAGCCGAGUCAGAAUCGCUGCAGGUGAAGCUAUAGGGAUGCUUGCUUUGGAGAGCAGAAGCAACUGCGUCCACAUUCUAAAGCUCGGAGUCUUGGGCAGACUCGUGGAGGCACUUGAAGUUCCUUUGGUCCGUGUCAAUGCAGCUAGAGUCUUGAGAAACUUGUGUAUAUAUACUGGACAUGAAUGCUUUCCUGACCUGAGAUUCAUUAAAACAGCAGCGCCUACGGUGUUGAAGUCAAUAACAUCAGGAGACAAGAAAUUACUGGAAGUGAUGCUAGGAUUAGCAGCACAAGUGUUUAAAUUAAUGAGUUCAGAAGAAGCAAGCACUGUUCUGACGGAUUCGGGGAUCAAAAAGCAAGAACUUGCGAAUUCACUGGUUUCGAUAUUGAAAAAGCAUGACAAGCCAGCGAUCAAGGUUCCAAGAAUCAGGAGGUUUGUGAUCGAGCUUGCGCUAUGGAUGAUGGAAGAUGAUGUAGAGAAUGUUGUGAUGUUCAGAGAUUUGGGUAUGGAGAGAGAGCUCGAGAAAGUUCUGGAAACUACGGCUGAGCUCGAGAACUUCGAUGUUUUCUCUGGUGCAGUUGGAGUGAGUCGCCAGAGCAGAACGGUUCACUGGCUAGCUGAAUUGGCUUUAAAAAUGCUCGAGGAUGAACAAUCAUAAGUAUCAUCUUCCAAGCUCUCUGUAUUAGAAGGUUUGAACUAUUAUAUAUGUUUUGUAAGAACAAGAAAAAAAUGUGCUAAUUAUGAAAUAUACUUAUAAUUAUUUUGACAACC